AUGGACAUUGACGUCCAAUGCACAAUUUGCGGCUCUUCCGAGGCGAGCCGAUGCGCCCGCUGCCGUUCCGCCGCCUACUGCUCUCUUGAAUGUCAGCAAACGGAUUGGCGUACCCAUCGCCUUCUCUGCACCAAAUUCUCAGAGCAGGCCCAAGACAACUAUACCAGUCGGCCUUCUCCGACACACUAUCUUGCCAUUUUCUUCCCUAUGGACAAGAAGAGGCCUUCCAUUGUAUGGAUAGACACCAAGAAGGACAAGUACGAGGUUGAGCCUUACUUCCACCCAGUCCUCGACCAGCUCCUGCAUAUCCCCGGGAACGACGGAUAUAUCGGACGCGGCUUGCGCCAGGUGCAAGGCAAUGUUCUCCGUGGAAGAUCCAGCUGGCAGAACACGCUCAACCUCUGGUUCCUGGAUCCAGAUGUGACACCCCGCAACAUAACAAUGAACCAGGCAAUCCAUGGUACAAUCCCAACUCUGAUUGGCGAUACUUGGGGCGAAUUUAUCUGGAAGGGCCCGGUCGUUGCAGUUAUGAGGAAGGGGACCGGCUAUGAACCACGCCACUCAACUGAUAUAACCCUCACUGCUUACCGCGAUGCCAUAGACUACCUGGGCUAUUAUAGGGACACAAUCGGUAGCAUGAUCGAACCUGGCCAAGACGACCAUUUCUCCAAGCGCGUGCUAGCCGACAGGAUCUCUAAGGUUGUUGGUGUCCGUAUCAACUGCCUCCGCGAUCAGAUCAGUCGACAGGAGCCACAGCUGGUGGAAGUGGCCGUGCCCAAGACGCACCCUCUUUUUAACCUAGAGGGUGAUGACCCGUGCGAUAUUCCCGCGCUUUUCGGCGUAGACCUCGUUGCAAAGUCUUACAGCAACAAUCAAUCCAACAACGAUGAGACGCCUCCAGCUGAUGAUCUGCAGAAUCCUCUGGCUCAGCUUUUGUUGAUGACAACUUCUGUCAAGGGUGGAGAAUGGGUUCACUCGCCUGAUUACCGACGUCACCUUCACCAGGGAAGCAUUCUUUUCGUCUGUCGUUCAAAACGGGACAUUAAAACGGACGAUAUUCAUAGGUUUUGUAACCUCAUUGAGGAAAUCGCUGUGCCUUUUAUCUUGAAGGAAGAUGCAUCCAGUCCCGGCGCAAAAAAGAGAUUGCUGAGUCGGCUUGAAGAAGAAGGAACUCGUCGUGGCAUGAAAUACUGUGGGGAAAUAUACUGA